AUGUUCCAGUACUUGUUUUUCUCCUUCUGUGUCUAUGUCAAGUUUCAGCCAAUAUCUUCAGUGGCCCUGGACCCUUGUUCUGCCUAUAUCAGCCUGAAUGAGCCUUGGAGGAACACUGAUCACCAGAUAAAUGGUUCCCGUGACCAGCCUACAUGCGAUAGCCACAUUGAUGGGGAGUGGUACCGCUUCACUGGCAUGGCUGGUGAUGCCAUGCCUACCUUCUGCAUCCCAGAGAACCACUGCGGGACACAUGCUCCCAUCUGGCUAAACGGCAGCCACCCUAGGGAGUUGGAUGGCAUUGUCCAAAGACAAGCCUGUGCGAGUUUUAAGGGGAACUGCUGUCUCUGGAACACCACGAUUGAUGUUAAGGCAUGUCCCGGCGGGUAUUAUGUCUACCGCUUAACCAAGCCUAGUGUAUGCUUCCAUGUGUACUGUGGGCAUUUCUAUGAUAUCUGUGAUGUGGUGGAUUGCCAUGGCUCCUGCUUGGAUACCGGAGACUGCAUGUGUUCCUUGGGGACAACUCUGGGACCUGAUGGACAGACCUGUCUUGAUGAGAAUGAAUGUGAACAAGAUAAUGGAGGUUGCAGUGAGUUUUGUGUGAAUCUGAAGAACUCUUAUCGCUGUGAAUGUGGAAUCGGGCGCACACUGGGAAAGGAUGGUAAAACCUGUGAAGAAAUUGAAGGUUGCCACAAUAACAAUGGAGGCUGCAGCCACACCUGUAUUGCAGUGGAGGACACAUACCAAUGCGAGUGCCCAAGGGGGCUUGUUCUGUCAGAGGACAACCACAGCUGCCAAGUUCCAGUGCUGUGCAAGUCCACCUCCAUUGAGGUGAGCAUCCCCAAGGAUCUGGUUGGAGGGCUGGAUCUUUCUCUCAGCAAUGCUUCCUGCAAAGGAGUAUCCAAUGGCACUCAUGUCAACAUCAACUUCUCUUUGAAGUCCUGUGGCACUGUUGUAGAUGUAGUAAAUGAUAAAAUCAUUGCUACCAAUAUGGUGACCGGCUUGCCCAAGCAGACACCUGGCAGUAAUGGGGACAUCAUCGUCCGCACCAGCAAGCUGCUGAUCCCUGUGACCUGUGAGUUCCCCCGUCAGUACACCAUCUCUGAGGGCUACGUCACCAACCUGAAGAACUCCCCUCUGGAAAUCAUGAGCCGCAACCGGGGCAUCUUCCCCUUUACCCUCGAGAUCUUCAAAGACAAAGAGUUUGACGAGCCCUACAGGGAUUCUCUCCCCACCCUCAAGCUUCGCGACUCGCUGUACUUUGGGAUCGAGCCCAUGGUGCACGUGAGUGGGCUAGAGACACUGGUAGAGAGCUGCUUCGCCACCCCCACCUCAAAAAUUGAUGAGAUCCUGAAGUACUACUUAAUUCAAGAUGGUUGUGUUUCUGAUGACUCCGUGAAACAAUACACGUCAAAGGAUCAUCUUACUAAGCACUUCCAGGUCCCUGUGUUCAAGUUUGUGGGUAAAGACAACAAGGAAGUGUUCUUGCACUGCCGCAUCCUUGUGUGUGGCGUGCUGGAGGAGAGGUCUCGCUGUGCCCAGGGGUGUCGGAGACGAAUGCGCAGGUCAGCUGGGAUGGAGGAAGAGGAGGAGGAAACCAAUCACAUGGCAAACCAUAUCCUGACAGGUGGCCCCAUUAGAAUCGACAUGGAUGAGUAGCACUCUCUCACCACCACAGUGUACUACCCAAGAACCUGCCCUCCCUCCCUACUGAUGUUUUGUUGCCUGGGUUUUGAUGAUGUGAAAAAAGUGUUUGGGAAAGCCCUGCAUAAGCCUAUUAUCGUGUUUCAUAAUAGCCUGACAGUUAUUUACUUUUGUGAAGCUAUAUUAGACACAAGAGGCAGCCCCUCCAUAUGUAAUCUGAUCUGCUGUGUAAUAAAGCUGUGCCUGCAUUUCUGUCAAUUAAAGGGAGACAUUUCAGUUAUAGGCCCAAAAUGUUACCUGCCUUCGUUUUUCUGAACUGUUUGCAAACCUCCCAGUGUUUAAACACAUUUUGAACCAUGCUGCUAAUGCUUUAUUUUCCAAGGACAAUACAAGCAGUGCCAGGAGCCCAACACACAUACUGAACAACUCCUGUGGUAAGGCUGUGUGUGCGGUGAGGGUGACAUCAAGGUUCUGAAGGGGGGUUAUUAAAAUACAUAUAGAUAUAUAUCUCAAAUAUGCAGACUCUUUGAAGCUGUAAAAGAACAGUAAUAUGCAGCUAAAGCUCAGAAAUGUUGCAGGCAAAUGUGC